CUUGGGACAGGUGGGGAUGUUGAGCUCUAGUGGCUGUUUCCGUAGGUUCCCCUGUCCUUUUCUGAGCCGCUGCCAUAGAGUUUACUGCCACUUCGAACACGCCGGGAGACUCCCAACUUCACAGGAUGCAUCGGCCAAUAUUUUGGGAAAUUACCAUGACCAACCAGUGUCAGCUACAACUGCCUGCACAGUACUUGAAUUGGAAAAGGUCACCAAAGCAAUUGAGUUAAUCAGGACCGAGGUGGAGGAACAACAGCAUGAACUUUUGAUGUUUCAUUCGUCAUGUGAUGGUGGAAGUCACAGCUUGAUAUCACCAAUAAACAGCCAGGCAAACUCUUUUUCCUGUACUGGCACGACAUCAAUAAAGUAUAAACCUUUCUCUUUCUAUGAAUGCAAUUAUGCUGUGUAUAAUCCACAACCAAUAUAUAACUGUUCAGCAUGUAAAUGUACAUUUAAGGUUUCUGGUGAAGAUGCAUCCCAGGACCUUGCGCUGGCUAAUUCCAAUGAUAAAACUGAUGGUUCACUUUGGAGUCAAAAUUUGGUUGAAUGCUGUAAACCCAGCAGUGAUGUAGAGUAUGAUCCAUUGGUAAACUUUUUCACGCUGGAAGAUAAAAGUUGUAAUGAAGAUUUGGAGGAGAAACUGGAGUGUAAGGGAGCCAUUGAACCAAGUUCUGAAAUGAAGCAUUCUCUAGUGUCUGAAACAGUGAGGAACAGUCAACCUUUUGAAGCUGAGAUGAGCUCUGAAGAUGAACUUGUUAUUGAUGUACCAGACUUGCCUCUCCUCACUCCAUGUUCCAAGAAUCAUGGGGAGUUUCAGAGAAAGGGAAGUGAUGACCCCGCUUUAAUUUGCGAAAAAAUGAUUGCAGGGAAUUGGAGCCAAAUGUCCAGAAAUGUGGAAAAGCCAAAGAAAAAAGUUCAAUGUGUCUGA